UCUCCCCCUCUCUCUUUUCUCUCGGUCCCCUCCCCCAUCUCCCCCUCUCUCUUUUCUCUCGGUCCCCUCCCUCAUCUCCUCCCCCGUUGUCUCCUCCACCCCCCUCCAGGCCACCAUUAUGUCCGGCAGCAGUCUGAGUCUGAACCAUGACCCUGCUCCUCUGAGGAGCCACCUGGGUCGGCAGGCCAGCUUCCAGGAGCGCAGCGCAGCCCGGCCGCAGUACACCCAGUCCUCGCGCUCCAACACCCUGCCCAGCGACGGGGGGCGCAAGGCCUUCGCCAUGAGGAAGAUGAAACAGGAGAUGAAUGACGUCAUGUCGCCCACCCCCGUGGAACUGCACAAGGUGAGUCUGUUGAAGGAGUCGGACCUUGAAGACUUUGGCUUCAGUGUGUCGGAUGGCCUCCUGGAGAAAGGUGUCUAUGUCAACAACAUCCGCCCAGGGGGACCCGCAGAGGUCGUGGGGCUGAAGUCCUACGACAGGCUGCUACAGAUCAACCACGUGAGGACCAGAGACUUCGACUGCUGUCUGGUGGUCCCUCUGAUUGCCGAGUCAGGCAACACACUGGACCUGGUGAUCAGCAGGAACCCUGCUUCCUCCAGAACCGGGCCCCAGUCAGGACUGAACCAGCUACCCACCGAGGAGUCUGUCAUCAACUGGACCGAGCCGGGGGACAGCCUCUCUGGCCCUCCACCGAACCAGAACCACCAUUCCUUAUCCAGGAUGGCUGCUGGAAUCGGGGUGACUGGGAUCGGUGUGGCGCUGGCCGGGGCUGGGCUGGAUGAUAGAGACCCCACUAAGACCUUAUAGCAGACUGGAGGUCUGAAGGCCCAAGGCUCUCUGUCUGUCCCACAAAGACCUUAUAGCAGACUGGAGUUCUGAAGGCCCAAGGCUCUCUGUCUAUCUGUCCCACUAAGACCUUAUAGCAGACUGGAGGUCUGAAGGCCCAAGGCUCUCUGUCUAUCUGUCUGUCCCACUAAGACCUUAUAUCAGAGUGGUGGUCUGAAGGCCCAAUGCUCUCCCUCUCCUUCCCCUGUGAGUUGUCCUCCCCCUGGUGCUACUGUAGAAAACCACUCUGAUGAGACAGGGGUCAAUAUAAAAUGGAGCCUUAUUGCAUGUGUAGGGCACUACUUCUGUCCAGAACCUGUGUGCAGGCUAACCCCUCACAGCUCUGGCUAAAAGUAGUGCACUACCUAGGGAAUAGGGUGCUAUUUAGGACGCAGUCAGACAGACAGUGUUCCUAGGUGGACGGUGGGGUCCGGGGCUGCUAAGUCAAAGCACACUGACAAAACUAAAAACUCCUUCCUCUGAGCCAGAGCAUGAGCCACAAUCACAAGAGGUUUCCUCCUCUUCCUCCCUCACACUGGGGACUAUUGAGUACGGUACGCACCUCUACCCCAGGACUACAAAGAACUACAAAGAUGGAGGCAACAUCGACCACACUGACCUCUUGGAAAAUACCAGAGACAAAAAUAAUAACAGUGAUGAACUGAAACAAUAGUGCCAUCCGACCGAUCCUCUCCUUUUGAUUACCGCAGCUGGACAAUAAAACAGGAACUCACUUCUGUUGUUUAAAACAAAAAAGACAAAAGAAAACACAAUAAGAUUUGCUGAACCGUUUACAUGUGAUGCUGGACUGGUCACUCUGUGUGUGUGUGUGUGUGCUCCACCGCUGUGUCGCGUCGUGACGGAGACAAGGCCAGAGUGAUACAAACCCUCUAUCUAGUUAUUCUAGGGAGUCUCUCCCUCUCUCUCUCUUUGUCUCUAUCGCUCUGUCCUCCAUCUGUCAUAGCUGGGUCUCACUAGCUCUCUGUCCUCCUUGUCCUCCUUCAUCUGUCAUAGCUGGGUCUCACUAGCUCUCUGUCCUCCUUGUCCUCCUUCAUCUGUCAUAGCUGGGUCUCACUAGCUCUCUGUCCUCCUUGUCCUCCUUCAUCUGUCAUAGCUGGGUCUCACUAGCUCUCUGUCCUCCUUGUCCUCCUUCAUCUGUCAUAGCUGGGUCUCACUAGCUCUCUGUCCUCCUUGUCCUCCUUCAUCUGUCAUAGCUGGGUCUCACUAGCUCUCUGUCCUCCUUGUCCUCCUUCAUCUGUCAUAGCUGGGUCUCACUAGCUCUCUGUCCUCCUUGUCCUCCUUCAUCUGUCAUAGCUGGGUCUCACUAGCUCUCUGUCCUCCUUGUCCUCCUUCAUCUGUCAUAGCUGGGUCUCACUAGCUCUCUGUCCUCCUUGUCCUCCUUCAUCUGUCAUAGCUGGGUCUCACUAGCUCUCUGUCCUCCUUGUCCUCCUUCAUCUGUCAUAGCUGGGUCUCACUAGCUCUCUGUCCUCCUUGUCCUCCUUCAUCUGUCAUAGCUGGGUCUCACUAGCUCUCUGUCCUCCUUGUCCUCCUUCAUCUGUCAUAGCUGGGUCUCACUAGCUCUCUGUCCUCCUUCAUCUGUCAUAGCUGGGUCUCACUAGCUCUCUGUCCUCCUUGUCCUCCUUCAUCUGUCAUAGCUGGGUCUCACUAGCUCUCUGUCCUCCUUGUCCUCCUUCAUCUGUCAUAGCUGGGUCUCACUAGCUCUCUGUCCUCCUUCAUCUGUCAUAGCUGGGUCUCACUAGCUCUCUGUCCUCCUUGUCCUCCUUCAUCUGUCAUAGCUGGGUCUCACUAGCUCUCUGUCCUCCUUGUCCUCCUUCAUCUGUCAUAGCUGGGUCUCACUA